AUGCAAUUGAAUGAUUUACCCGACGAAAUACUUCUACUAAUUUUGAAAGAACUACAUAGUUGUGAAGUACUUUAUUCUUUUCAUGAUAUUAAUCAACGAUUCAAUAGAGUUAUACAUGAUCCAAUAUUUACAAGCCGUUUGAAUUUUGUUAAAUGGUCAUGCCAUAAAAUUGUCAAUAAAUUUUCUUCUAAUCUUAUUGAUCAAUUUUCUUUACAAAUUUUACCCGAAAUUUGUAAAAGAAUCAAAUGGUUUAAUCUUGACUCAUCAUUUAUGACACGUUUUUUAUCUGCUAAUAAAUAUCCUAAUUUAUGUGGACUUGGCCUCUACAAUGUUGACGAAGAAAUAAUCAACUUUCUUUUUACUGAUAAUAAUCUUUCAUAUGAUAUUUUCAAAAAUCAAAUCACAUCGCUUGUUGUUGGAAUUGAUUCAGAAAAAAAGAAUUCGUCAAUAGUAGAAAAUAUAUGCAAUAAUCUAUUCACAAUGAUGAACAAUUUAAUUCAUUUAACAUUUUAUGAUGCAUCAUAUAAAAAUAUUGUUCGAUUUAUGACCGUUGUUCCCUCUCCCAAAUUUUCUUCAUCAACUUUAUUGACAUUAAAUAUCAAGGCACACAAUUUUAAUGAUUUUCUCUAUAUUCUUGAUGGUCGUUUCAAUAACCUUCAAUCACUUUGUAUUGAUUUGAUCAAGAUUUGUUCUUCAUCAAUACAAAUCAAAAAUCAAGGAAAAAUUCCAAAUCUCAAGUGUUUUAAUCUGUCAUGUUUUUUGGAAACAUUCAAUUACAAUACAUUAAUUGUUCCACUUCUUCAUCGAAUGUUGAAUUUGGAAAAACUUGGUUUAUAUAUUAUGACUUAUGUCAAGGAAAGAUUUAUUGAUGGAAACAGUUUGAAAGAAGAUAUUCUUUAUCAUUUGACAAAAAUGAAACAUUUCGAUUUUGAUAUUUAUUCAAAUAUAUAUAUGGAAAAUCAAUUGAAUUUUCCAUCAAACGAAGAUAUUCAACAGACAUUUAAAGAUUUUCCAUGUACAAAAGUAAUAUCUUGUGUUGAUUAUAUUCAUAAGCGAAAACAAGUACAAUGUCAUGUUUAUUCAUAUCCAUUUCUAAUGGAAUUUUAUGAACAAAUAACAAAUAAUUUUCCAGGCGGAUUUUAUCCAUAUGUUCGCAUAGUGUCAUUAUAUGAUGUACAUCCAUUUGAACAUGAAUUUUUUCUUCAAAUUUCUCUUGCAUUUCCAUUGAUGGGCAGAUUAACUUUGAUUAAUUAUUGUUCACAAAAUGUUAAACAAUCGAUCGAUAUUAAUCAGAAUUUUGAAAUUAUCCGAUAUUAUCAUCUUAUUGAACUUGACAUUGGACAAUGUCAUGAUGAUUAUACUGAAGAGUUUCUUCUUCAUACAAAAACAUAUUUACACAAUUCAAUCUCACUUGAUAUUGAUUUGGAAUCAUUAGCAAGAAUAACACAGAAUUUUACAAGAAAUGAAACACGAAUUAAUUGUAGCAAAGUAAAUGAAUUAUUUUUAUAUGGAGAAAGCGAAAAUUUGAUUCAAUCUUUACAAAAUUAUUUUCCUUUUGCAGAAAUUGAUUGA